CACUUAUAGUGUGUCCAUUAACGGGCCCAAUUUCUUCAGGCCAGCGAUGUGCUGUACUUGACGGGCCAUGGCAUGGAGACACAGUAUCACACAGCCAUACCGUACACGUACACACACACAGCAGGGCCACACAUUAUCACACAGCAACACCUUAUACGUACACACACACAGCAGGGCCACACAUUAUCACACAGCAACACCUUAUACGUACACAAACACUCAGCAGGUUUACACACAUCUGCCACAUUGGACGAUCAUCCACAUCGGCUCUCCAGUUUCUCCCUCGGGCCACACGUCUAACCACAUACCCACAGUUUAUCAUCCCCACUUUGUACCACAGUCCAACACGUUGUGGGGAUUCCUGCACUUAAGUGUUACUAUUUGCACGUCUGCAGUCACAGAAUGGCCGAUGAACCUUCACAACCAGGCGAUGUAAGUUAUUUAAAUGUUUUUUUUACUUUUAAAUACUUAGUUUUCUGCUUCAUUGCAAUAUAUAUAAAUAUAUACAUAAAUAUAAUUGAAUGUCUGUAUGUAUGUCCCGUAUACGCUCCUAUACCAUUCAUCAGGUUGCGAUCAAAAUUUUGGUGAGUUGUGCACACGCCCGGAAAGGUCUCUGAAUUACUACAACCAUUUUAAGAUAUUCCGUUUUGGGGCGGGGACCCUAAAUUCCUUCUUUUCUUAUUUGAGCUAAAUAAAUAUCGUUUUAAAACAGAGCUAACGCAUGGGUGGGUGGAAUUGAAUCAAAUACAAAUGGCGACAUUCCACGUUGUGUGUGACAUAACAAGUAGGUUUCUGAAUUAGUACAACCAUUCUAUAAUAUUCCCUUUGGGCCCGGGGGCCCUAAAUUCGUUGUUUUUUUUUUCCUAAUAUGAGCAAUAUAAAUAUAGUUUCCGUUGUGUUCCUACACCAUUCAUCCGAUUACGAUAAAAACUUCGGUGAGUUGUUGCGCGCCCGCCCGCAAAGGUUUCUUACUUAGAUCAACCAUUUUACAAUGUUCCGUUUUGGGCUGGGGGCCCUAAAUUCUUUUCUUUUAUUAAAUGUGCUAUAUAAAUAAAAUUUCAAAAAGAGCUAAUGCAUUUGUGGAUCAAGAGCUAAAGUUUGUGGACGAAAUUUAGAAAAUCCAUGCUUCUCACGUGGACAGCUGCUGUAUGUGGCCAGCUUUCGCGUCGAAAAAACCUUACAAUUUAUUCGUGUACGCACAAUACGAAAAAACAAAAUAUAUGGUCAAUAUAAAAAGUACUUCAAAACAUAAUAAAAAAACAAACACUUUCUUUCUUUGAGUGGCAUUGCAAAGCAUGCCGGGUACUCGCUAGUUUAAUAUGCAACAAACUUAUUGGAGCUUAUGAAAUGUUAUGUAAUGUUAAGCGUAUAAAUUAAUUAUUUAAUGAUUACAUUUUUUCGAUAUCAAGUGAUGCUAAUUACCGUGCAGUAUUCAAUUCAUUCAAUGAAUUAGAUUUUCAGAUUUUCAAUGCUACCCAUUCAGGCGAGAUGAUUGGUAACAAGCUUUUAAACGCCUCACAAAAUUAACGUGAAGCGGGCGUGAAAAUAACGCUUUUUGUUUCACGGGGCUGGCUCCCCCCCUUUCCCACUCCGCUUUGUAAAGGUUUAAUGACUACAGCACCGAAUUGAUGUCAGGAUUCAAACGAAGAUUUAAGUUUAAGUACGAAAUUAGCAAAUAUCAAAAGUAAUUAUAAAAAUGAUGAAUAAUAAUCCUAUUUUUAAUCACAUUAAACUGUAUUGACGAUUAGCACUUCAAAAGUUUUGGGAUAUUUCUAUUUAUCGAAGUUCGUGUGUACUCAAACUCAUUGCAGAAUAAUUCAAUUUAUAAUACUAGUCAACUGCCCUUCAAUGCCAAACACGAUAACCAAAUGCAACUCAAGUUGAGUAAAAAUAAUAAAUGGCAGCCUUUGUAAACCAGAACGGACCACUAACCACUGCAGCAGAGAUAUUUACCCGAUAGAUUGCGUUUGCCGUGGAGAAAUUAAAGUGUUUUAUGACAGUUUGACCGUACCGACUGAUUGUAGGGAAAAAAAAGUUACAGGAAGAAAAAAGUCACAAGGAAAAUAAAGGCGCUUCUGAUCUCUCCGAUACAUCUCACAUUGUAAAGGAAUCAAAGGAAAGCAGGGGACAUUAUUUCUUGUACUAGUCUACUGAUAACUCUAUCCAGACAAAGCACCAAUGGCCUGAAUGGAGACAAUGCGGCUUUGGACAGAAAGAUAUAAAAAAAACUAGUUUGUUCCCCAAUCUUUUCAGAAAGGUGCUCCUCGGCUGUUGUACAGUCACGUACGUGUAAUCACACCCAAACGCAUCAUUGUCACCUUAGGGAGUGUGGUCGGACCGAAAGAUAUACACAUUUAUUUUUCCCCACACUUGUCAGGAUUUAUUAAUGAUAUCUGAUUUUUUUUCUCUGUGCAUUUUUUUCUUAUGACUUUUUUCCUGUGACUUCUUUCUUUGUGACUUCUUUUCCUGUAACUUCUUUUCCUGUGACUUCUUUUCCUGUGACUUCUUUUCCCUGACUUCUUUUCCCUGACUUCUUUUCCUGUAACUUCUUUUCAUUUGACUUCUUUUUCCUGACUUCUUUUCCCUGACUUCUUUUCCUGUGACUUCUUUUCCUGUGACUUCUUUUCCCUGACUUCUUUUCCUGUGACUUUUUCCGCUCAGCUACCGACUACCUCCUCCCCACUGAGAGCCUUUUAUAAAUCAGAAUUAAAUAUUAUAUACCCGGUAAAAAGCGAUUACCAAGAGAAAACAACUCAGUUUGACCUAAACUUGAACGUGCCCACUUCCCUCCCCCUCCUCCAUAGAGUCCGCAAUUCACCGUGUCCAGCAACAAGAGCGUGUUCGACGUGGACGGCCAUGAGCACAAGGUGAGGUCGUACGAUGGGAAGCUGGUGCCCCCGUUUGAGGAGAAGGGCUACAGGGAGAUGAGAGACCUGCAGCUUCGGGACGACGACAUCCUCUUGUGCGGCUAUCCUAAAACAGGUGAGAGGUCACGUGGCUGAAGAUGUAAAUUUGAGUAUGUGGGGUGUGCCCCAGCGGUUGGGGUGUGCCCCAGUGGUUGGGGUGUGCCCCAGAGGCUGGGGUGUGCCCCAGUGGUGAAGACAUCGGCUGCAUGGUGGAUAUUACGAGAGACUUGAGGGAGGUCACGUGGGUGCAGGUGUAACUUUGAGGGGUUGGGGUGUGCCCCAGUGGUGAAUACAUCAGCUGCAGGGUGGAUCUUUCGAGAGACUUGGAAAAGGGGGGGGGGGUGUUUCCAACGAGUUCCAUGCGUCGCACUGAAAAGAAUUGUGGUCCCAAAAUAUUAAGUCACUAAUGAGAAGAUCAGGUGGGUCUAGUUGAAAGAUAAGAGAUGAUGGGUCUUCUCAAAUGAGGGCCACGUGAAGUGGCCAACUCAAGAUCAUUGAGGAGACAAAGUUUGAGCAGUUGAUCGACACAGGUUGAUCAGUUUAUUGACAAGGGUUGAGUAGUUGAUUGACAAAUGUUAAGUAGUUGAUUGAUAAAGAUUUAAAAUAUUAGUAGUAAAAGAUUACUCCAGGUUACAGGUAGCACAUGUGUUCUCCCCAUCCACCCCAUGUCCGCGGCUGUGCAGGCAUUUUCUUAGCACACAUCACUUACAAACUGGCUCUUAGCUCUUUAAAACUUCGCCGACCUCUGUCCUGACCGUCUCAUCACGUGAUCAUGUCACGUGUGCUCUCACUCCAAUGCCAGCAGACUGCCACGUAGACUUAACACUGAAAGCUCUGAAUUCAAAGCAUUUCUCUUUCUUUAUUUAUAAAUUCCAUUACUCAUUGAUUUCAUAUAACCUGUCUCUUAUUCCUCGCUCAAGGCACGCAUUGGGCCAUUCCUUGUUGUUAAGUUAUAUAUUUUUGUCACAAUUCUUAUGCUGUCCUCUCGGAUACUACUUCUCAGCAAAGUGCUAUUUUUUUUUUUUAUUUAUUCUGGGUUUUUUUUCUGUUGUUUGUUCGCAGACGAAGGCUUCCUGUCGACACGUUCGUUGUUCUGUUGCGUUCUUUUUUUCAGGUUUGACCUUUCUCUUUUUUUACUCCUUUAUUUCCUAUAUUUGUGUAUAACUUUUCUCUUGUUCCUCGUUCAAGGCACACACUGGACGUGGGAGGUCGUCAGUAUGAUCGUCAGAAAAGAAGGUGAGAUCUCAAAGGUGGGCAAGAAAUCCACGUUCCUGGAGCUGGGCCUUGGUAAGCUGAUGGACGGGAUUCCCUCCCCUCGUGUCCUGAGCUCUCACAUGUGGUUCGACUAUCUUCCGAAACAAGUAGGUGGCGAUAAAAAUCCAAGAAGUGGAACAAAUUGUCAUGUUAUCGUAGAUAUCUACCACAAUGACAUCUCUAUUGACCUGCUCAAUGCAUCCAUCAGGCCGAAGCGGUGAAGUGCCUUGUGUCUACAUGCGAUAAACUCUACUAUUUUUUUUUUAAAGUAGGACUUAGUUCUCAGUAGCUUUCGAAUGUCUGCAAUGGCAUGUUACACAUAAAUAUAAUGUUAAUCAAGCAAUUGCUGUUACCAUUGAAGUGUGUGUGCCCGUUGCAGUGGCGUGGUCACAGGAGAGCAUGAAUGGCCUCUGGUUUAUCGUGAUGAAGAUAAGCGUUGAGUAAAAUAAAGAGCAAUGGCCCCGAAAUCUGCGUCCCCUAGUGAACGUGCUCCAUUGCAAUUAUAAUAAUUUUUUUCAACAAGUAAAUGGAGCUCUAUCCAACCAUUGAGCAAUUUAAAUGGUUUUAUUUAAUAAUGGCUUUAUGUCAGAUCCAUCGUGUGACUUCUGGAGGAAUAAAAUGAGUCAAACAGAGUAGUGUAGGGUUAAACCUGAACAAAUAAACGCAACAAAACAGCGAACGUGUCGGCAGAAAGCCUUCGUCAGCGAACAAAACAACAGAAAAAAACGGACUUCUGGAGGCCCACGUAUCACUUUUCGGUUUUGUGCCACAAACAAAUUUAAUUGUUGAUUUGUUUCAACAUCCCCACUUUGAGUCCCUUAAAUAUCCGAGGCCCCCCCCCCACUUUACGGGGCCCACGCGACGGUUCUACCAUAUGGUCCAAACACUGGGAUGGAGGCCCAACACGAUAGUCCUACUUAGUAUAUGCAGUUCACUUAUCUUCUGAGGCGUUGGGACUGAUUGACGGGUAGCGGUAGUCUGAACGGACACCUAGCCGAUUGCAUAUAUAAGUUUACCGGACGAUAUUGAAUUGAAUGCUUAAAUCUGUCUAUACAAAUAGAAAUGGCCUCCUUCACUGUGUUCCUCAUCCUGACAGAUAUCAGACAAAAAGACGAAGCUGAUACUGACGGUAAGAAACCCCAAGGACACCGCUGUCUCCUACCACAACCAUCAUGUCGCUCUGAAGGCCUUGCAGCUGUAUGAUGGACCUUUCAAGAACUGGUUUCAGCUUUACAUGGACGGACAGGGUUAGUGAACAUGGCGUGCAAACAUGGGAGUACGGAGUUAGUUAACAUGGUGUGCAAACAUUGAUAGACUGGGUUAGUUAACAUGGUGUGCAAACAUUGAUAGACUGGGUUGGUUAACAUGGUGUGCAAACAUUGAUAGACUGUGUUAGUUAAUUAGGUGUGCAAACAUGGUAGUAUGGAGUUAGUUAACAUGGUGUGCAAACAUUGAUAGACUGGGUUAGUUAACAUGGUGUGCAAACAUUGAUAGACUGGGUUAGUUAACAAGUGUGCAAAAAUGGUAGUACGGAGUUAGUUAACAAGUGUGCAAACAUGGAACAACGGAGGUAGUUAACAUGGUGUGCAAACAUUGAUAGACUGGGUUAGUUAACAUGGUGUGCAAACAUUGAUAGACUGGGUUAGUUAACAAGUGUGCAAAAAUGGUAGUACGGAGUUAGUUAACAAGUGUGCAAACAUGGAAGUACGGAGUUAGUUAACAUGGUGUGCAAACAUUGAUAGACUGGGUUAGUUAACAUGGUGUGCAAACAUUGAUAGCAUGGGUUAGUUAGCAUGGUGUGCAAACAUUGAUAGACUGGGUUAGUUAACAAGUGUGCAAACAUGGAAGUACGGAAUUAGUUAACAUGGUGUGCAAACAUUGAUAGACUGGGUUAGUUAACAUGGUGUGCAAACAUUGAUAGACUGGGCUAGUUAACAUGGUGUGCAAACAUUGAUAGACUGGGCUAGUUAACAUGGUGUGCAAACUUCUGUCUAAAUAGGCUCUUAAAGCAGGCACAGUGUAACUAAUAAUCCGGCAUCUUUCUUUUCCACCUUUCUCAAAGUGGAGUAUGGCACCUUCUUUGACUACUACAAGGAUUGGGAUAACGUGAUCAAGUCCAAGCCCGACCUGUCUAUACUUGUGGUCAAUUAUGAAGACCUGAAAGAGGUAAGGGAAAACAAUAGCAUCUCACACCAUUUGAUUGACCACAAAACGGUUGGGUUAUAGGACAUUGUUCAGUGCAUCUGUGCUGACACGUCAUUUAACAUAAUAAUUAUUAACUAAAAGGUUACAACUUUUUUUAAUUUAUAUAAAUAUAUAUAAUAAUAUAUAUAAAUAUAUAUAUAAAUAAAUAUCAAAUUCAAGAGCUUGAGCACUUCAGUUCUUUCCUAAUCUGUCAACACGUUUCCGCUUGCCAAUAGGACCUGCCAAGGGAGAUAAGAAAGAUUGCAGACUUUCUUCAGAUAUCUCUCGAUGAUCAGCUAGUCGAAGACAUUGCUAAGGCUGCAGGGUUCGAAGGCAUGAAGAAGGCUUACUUGGACUUAAAGAACUUUAUUUUCAAGACUUUCUUCCGUAAAGGUAACUUAAGUUACAGUUUAUCAUUCUCGUGGGUGUUGAUUUUGUUGGCCUUAUCUAUCAGCACACAUAGGACAUAGAAUAUAUUUGACCUUUCCCCCCCCCAAUCCAAAUGUUACAUAAUAUAUAUUUCCUACUAUGGCACCCAGCAGACUUGGCGUUAAAUCAUGAUCUGUCUCUUUGCCAGGGGAUGUCGGAGAUUGGAAGAACUGGUUCACAGUGGCUCAGAGCGAGAGGGUGGACGAGGCAAUGAAGGCAUUACAGGGAACUCGUUUCCAAAAUCUCCGGUAUACGCUGUGAACCUGUUAACGCAACAGGCGAGGUGAUGGGCGCCACAUGAGAGAGGAGCCAAGGCCAUCGGAGAAUGGCUUUCAACGGAAAUGACCGAGACGCCAGUAUCAAAACACCUCUUACAGGUCUCGCCAAUUGUGUGUGUGUGUGUAUCUCGGUCAGACCACGAAGUGAACGCAGCUAAGUUUUUUGUUGUUUUUUUUUUAAUUAUUUUGUGAGAGGCAAAAUUUUUAUAGGCAGAAAUAUAGACCUCAGUUUUUUGGGUUGUCUUUUUUUUUAAUAAAAAAAAUUUUUUAAUGGAUUUUGACAGAAAACCGAGAAAGUAGUGAAGUAUUUUUGGAAGUAUUUUUUUUUAUUAAACAAAACGUUUUGUAUAAUAUUCUUAGGCAAUGUGUUUCUUCGCUUUACCUCACGCUUCCAUUAUGAUGGAGUGAAAGGCAACAUUUUCAACAGGUGCGUGGAUGAGACAUUUGUCUAGUCGGGG